AUGACUUCACAGGAGAAACAAAAUCAAGUAGACGGAAAAUCAGAUAACGAAGAAGUAUCGAACCCCAAUGAUAACGAAUUUAUGGAGGUGCCUAUUGAUGAAUCGACCUGGUUAUUGAUUGGCAGUUCAUCGAAGAACUACGGAGAGAAAUCUGCAAAAGAAGUUAUUGGCACCUACAGUCAAGAAAUAGAAGAAGAAGAUGUUACAAAAAAUGAACCAGCAGAACCGGAACAGCACAUCAGACGUCUGACUGUCCGUUCCGUUGUUUUAAAGUAUAUGCCAAUCACCACUUUCUUUAUUAUAAUGUGGACGUACGGUGAUUUGGAUAAUAUCGAUAAGUAUCUGGUGAUGACAGGAUCUAUUUUGAUUGUUACGUCGUUCAUAUGUCAUAUCAACGGGAUUUGA